AUGAUGAUGAUCAUGGUGGUGAUGGUGGUGGUGGUGGUGGUGGUGGUGGUGGUGCAGAACCCACACACGCCACAGGCCAAUGGCUCCGCUGCGAAGGUCAAGCGCCCGAGCAGCGACCGCGCCAAGACGGGCUCCGCCGUAGUGGGCCCCGAUGGCCGGCUGAGCUGGUCAAUAGCCAUCACCUGCUUCACGAUCAACUUCAUAUCGUCCUGCUUCUACCGCUGCACCGGGAUGUUCUUCAACUCCAUCAUGGACACCUUCGGUGCGAGCCGUGGCGACGCGUCCGUUCCAGUUUCCCUCUACGGGGGUUUCUACAACGUGGCCGGAGCCGGUCACGGCAUAAUCACCAGCUGCUCCAUCGUGGCCGUGACCCAAUACUUCGACAAGCGGCGCGGCAUCGCUCUGGGCCUGAACCUGGCCGGCCCCCCAAUGACGUCACUGGUGGUUCCAAAGCUGCUCGAAUGGUUGCUGAGCGAGUACGGACUGCGCGGCACCUUUCUUCUGCUGGGCGGCUGCCUGGUCAACGUGCCGGUUCUGGGAAUCCUGCUACGCAACCCUCCGUGGGAGAAGAACAUCCGGGACGCUUCGGCUGCACUGGACCAAGGCUCCCUCACUCAGGUGAACUAA